AUCACUACACAUCAGCGAACCUUUCCCACUCCUCCAAAGCGUGUAGUCAAACAAGAUGAAGGUGCAAUCAAUCAUCCUAGCCCUGGCCAGCCUGGCCUCAAGCCACACCAUCUUCCAGAAAAUGUCGGUCGAUGGCGUCGACCAAGGGCAGCUCAAAGGUGUUCGCGCUCCCGAUAGCGACUACCCCAUCCAGAACGUUAACGAUGCCGCUUUCGCAUGUAACAAGGACUUAAAACAUCUCGACAGCAGUGUUAUCUCAGUCCCGGCUGGGUCGAAGGUAGGCGCAUGGUGGGGCCAUGUCAUUGGAGGCGCGCAGUCGGCGAACGAUGCCGACAACCCAAUUGCUAAGAGCCAUAAAGGCCCAAUCAUGGUGUACCUCGCCAAGGUAGACAAUGCCGCGACAGCACAGCCGACCGGCCUUAAGUGGUUCAAGGUCGCCGAGGACGGUCUAAGCAACGGACAAUGGGCUGUUGACAAGAUGAUCGCCAACAAAGGCUGGCACUACUUUACCAUGCCAAAGUGUGUUGCGCCUGGCGACUAUCUUAUGCGUGUUGAGUUAAUUGCUCUUCACGGUGCACAGAAUCAAGGACAAGCUCAAUUUUAUAUGGAAUGCGCGCAAAUCCGGAUCACCGGUUCUGGGACGAACGCCGGGUCCAACUUCGUUAGUUUCCCCGGAGCGUACAAGGCAAGCGACCCCGGUAUUCUGGUUUCCAUCUACGAUAACAGCGGUAAUCCGUACAUGGGUGGCAAACCAUACACGAUUCCCGGCCCGUCGGUCCUCACUUGCUAGAGGCAUACCAGUGGUUGGGUUGGAUAACAUGCUACCUAAAAACAUAGUGGUUUAAACAGGCUCAAUGUACGUACGUACCUAGUUAGUGAGCCUAGCAAUAUAUUCAAUGCCCUGUCCUAGGAAAUCGUAGGGUCUGGAUUGUGCUGUGGACUUAGGGUUUUAGGGGUAUUAGAAACGUUUUUGGUACUUUAGCCCCAGGAGCCGGGGUUUAAAUGCUGUAGGUGAAACGCUAAAAUACAUCAUUAUACAUGAUACUUUCAAAGAUAGGACCAAGGAAAUACCUAAAC